AUGAGCCCUAAGUGUGUGCGGCAAGAUGAUGUGAAUACUCCUUUAAAGUUAUUAAAAUCUGUGUUAUUCUCUGCAGAUUCUUGUAGCAGGAGAUCAGAGGAGAAUCUUAUAUCUUCAGAUUAUAAAGCAGAUGAUGAUAUCACACAAGAUACAUAUGAAGAACAUUCCAUUAUCCCAGAUACACCCUCAGCCCUUCACAGCCAAGAUCUGUCAUCUCAUCCUUAUAUACAGGUCCUGUCUUCUCAGUCAUCACAGGAUGUUCAGCAAAAUAAAAGCCACAGAAGGGGUGUUGGACAUCGAGUUCAAACAGGAAAGAAACCAUAUUCAUGCUCAGAAUGUGGGAAAUGUUUUACUUUUAAAUCAGGUCUUGUUCAACAUCAAAGAAUUCACACAGGAGAGAAGCCAUUUUCAUGUUCAGUAUGUGGGAAAUGUUUUACUCAGAAAUCAGACCUUGUUGUACAUCAAAGAACUCACACAGGGGAGAAGCCAUAUUCAUGUUCAGAAUGUGGGAAAUGUUUUAGUGUUCAAUCACAUCUUGUUCCACAUAAAAGAACUCACACAGGAGAGAAGCCAUUUUCAUGUGUAGAAUGUGGGAAAUGUUUUACUGCGAAAUCAACACUUAAAUAUCAUCAACGAGCUCAUACAGGAAAGAAACCAUAUUCAUGCUCAGAAUGUGGGAAAUGUUUAAUGAAGAAAUCAAGUCUUGUUGAACAUCAAAAAAUUCACACAGGCGAGAAUCCAUUUUUAUGUUCAAAAUGUGGUAAAUGUUUUAUUCAGAAAUCAGUUCUUGUUCAACAUCAAAGAACUCACACAGGGGAGAAGCCAUUUUCAUGUUCAGAAUGUGGGAAAUAUUUUACUGGCAAAUCAGAUCUUCUUAAACAUCAGAAAAUUCACAUAGGAGAGAAGCUAUUUUCAUGUUCAGAAUGUGGAAAAUGUUUUACUGAAAAAUCAAGUCUUGUUCUACAUCAAAGAACUCACACAGGAGAGAAGCCAUUUUCAUGCUUAGAAUGUGGGAAAUGUUUUACUUUUAAAUUACAUCUUCUUGUACAUCAAAUAAAUCACACAGGGGAGAAGCCAUUUUCAUGUUCAGAAUGUGGUAAAUGUUUUACUGAAAAAUCUAAUCUUGUUAAACAUCAAAGAACUCACACAGGAGAGAAGCCAAUUUCAUGCUCAGAAUGUGGGAAAUGUUUUACUUGCAAUGGAGAUGUUACUCGACAUCAAAGACUUCACACAGGGGAGAAGCCAUAUUCAUGUUCAGAAUGUGGGAAAUGUUUUACUUGCAAAUCAGAUCUUCUUAAACAUCAGAAAAUUCACACAGGAGAGAAGCUAUUUUCAUGCUCAGAAUGUGGGAAAUGUUUUACUGAGAAAUCAAAUCUCGUUAGACAUCAAAGAACUCACACAGGGGAGAAGCCAUUUUCAUGUGUAGAAUGUGGGAAAUAUUUUGCCCAGAAAUCACAUCUUGUUCUACAUCAAAGAACUCACACAGGGGAGAAACCAUUUUCAUGCUUGGAAUGUGGGAAAUAUUUUGCUCAGAAAUCACAUCUUGUUCUACAUCAAAGAACUCACACAGGGGAGAAGCCAUUUUCAUGCUCGGAAUGUGGGAAAUGUUUUGCUCAUCAAUCAAAUCUACUUCAGCAUCAAAGAACUCACACAGGGGAGAAGCCAAUUCAGAGCAGUAAAUGAUGCAGAUAACACAUCUAUAUAUUCACCAUGUACAUAGGAUAUCUGACAUUUAUACAUAUAUCAUAUACUGCAUCUCCAAACUUGUUACCAAUUGAUAAUAAAAGUUUUCUUUUAGAACGUAGUCACCGAUCCAGCGAUGUCAUCACUAUAGUUUACAUGGUAGGAGAAGAGUGUGGUAUAUGGUUGUGAUAUUCACUGCUCCUCAUGGAGAAGACCCAACAGGCAUAAUCCAUGGGGAGCUGCUACUGGAGACCCAAACACCUCACAGAGAAGGGACUUAUUCCAGUGAUGAAGAAUUCCAGGACGGUCCGGUCUUCACCUGCUGAGACCCUUUUAGAAAGGUUGUGUUAUCCCCGAUCCUUGCUGAUCAUGUGGUGUCCGAUCACUGGACACCUCAGUCUGUGCUCGGCUGUUUCUGCAGCUCCCAUAGUGAAUGUACCUCCUCCCUACCUGGGGACACUGGGG